UGCAUUAUUUAUGUUUAGUAAACAUCGGGGCGGAAUCAUCGUUUUUCAUGUUUGUUCCGGGCCGAACUUGUUUUUCCGUAACGCAUCAGCAUGGCCGCUGUCAAACCUGACUGUGUGUGAACUUGUGCGUCUUCUGUCGUCUGGAUUUAGUAACAUUUAGAUAAAGCUGCAGAUGAGCUUUAAUGUCUGACAAGCGGCAGCGUGCAAGAGUCCAGGGCUCCUGGGCCAGAACCAGAGCCCUGCCACAACACCACGCCACAGGUGUUGUCUCAAGCAACCACCCGCCUCAAAUCUCCAACUCAGCCCCUAGUUCGUGGGGAUUCGGUUCACAGAAAGCGUCCAAGGCGUUUAAGUUUCAGCAGCCUGUCAAGCCAAUUAGAGAUGUACCUCCAGAGAAGACCAUCGAACAGGCAGGUAAUUAUGAGAUCAGCCGUGGACCAUCAGGAGUGUCCAGACUGCGGCUGAUGCCUGGAUUUCUACCCCCAGAAGAGGCCGACUGGAUGCUCAGUAAGCUGUUGGUAGAGCUUCCCUGGUCCCAGAAGACCAACUACAGACAGGGUGAGGCCUACGAGGAGCCCCGGCUGACCUGCUGGUGGGGAGAGUUGCCGUACACCUACGCUGGCUCCAGCAUGGCGGCUAACGCAGAGUGGCAUCCGUUGCUGGUAACUCUUCGUGAAAUGGUGGCGCAGGUGAGCGGAUGCAGCUUCAAUUCCCUGCUGUGUAACUUGUAUCGCGAUGGCCACGACAGCAUCGGCUGGCACAGCGACAACGAGGCCUCCCUGGGUGCAAAGCCCACAAUUGCCUCCCUCAGUCUGGGCGACACCAGAGUGUUCAACCUCCGCAAGCAGCCGCCGCCGGAGGAGAACGGGGACUACACCUACGUGGACAGGGUUCGGGUUCCUCUGAUUCACGGGACACUUUUGCUGAUGGAGGGAGCCACUCAGGAUGAUUGGCAGCAUCAGGUGGCCAAGGAGUACCAUGACCGCGGCCCGCGCAUCAACCUGACCUUCAGAACCAUCCACCCGGAGCCAGAGGGCCACAGGCCGGGGACCAGGACCCGCUUCACCGCCAAGCAGCACUGAACUGUCCUGUCAGGUACUCAGUGGUUCUGCAUGUUCAGCAGGAUGCACACGAGGCCACUCCUCAGGUCCAUCGGCCUGUUCUCACCACAACAGGUUGUGACUUCUCUUAUUGUUCGCCUUCUGCUGCUUGGCAGAGCUUCAUUCUCCCAAAUGAUGUUCCAUGAACAUGUAUUUAUGAAAGGUGCUCACGAUGCAACGACCAUAAAACCGUUACCUGUUUCCUUCUUGUGAGGAGCUGUUUGAAAAUAAAGUAAGCACAAAAUCUGAAUAAAGCUCAACGCAAGCUAAGAUCCUGCUAAACAGCGUCUGUCCUCCACCAUCCAGAGCACAGAGUCUGUGGGAGCGGCUGAGCAGAGCUCCAUGAUUCGCUUCCUCACCAUGAAGGCUGCUUCUGUUCGCUUUGUCCACAGCGGAACAGGCUCAUCAUGCACUACCUCAGUUAGAGACGCCUCCAUAGAAAAGUAAAGAGUGUUGCUUGUGGUUCAGUACGUUGACGUCGGGUCCGAGAGCUGUUCUGGUCACUAACGUGUGCAGGGUCCUCACUGUGAACUGCCCGUUGUUGAUGCGUUAGCUCAGCGUGGCAGACCUCCACCCAGAGUGGGGCCGUCACUGCUCACUCUGGAAGCAGGUCCAGUCUCUACAUGUGGAGUGUGCAGCAUGACGAGUGCUUGUGGAUUUAGCUGCGCGUUGACUCUGAUUUAUGUUAGUAUUUUUAGCACGGGGUCACAGACUGUGUAGCUUCAUACUAGGAACCCACUCUGUAUCUGAGAGUUCACCACAGCUCCACUCUCCCUUGGACAAUCCAUAGACAGCUCUGACGCAGCACGAGAAAAUAGGAAGAAUCUCUGGAUAAAAUGAUGACAGUGACCAUAACUAACUGUCCUGCAGUUUGAGAGCCGACGGCCAGGACUAAACAUCAGAGGCUCCCAAAGACACCGUAGAUGUGCUUUGUGCCCAUCAGCUGAUCUCAUGGCGCCUCUUGGAGCUUGCUAAUGGUUUCCACUUGCCCUCGUGGGCCAGACUGGGCCCUUUUCUCCCUCCCAGCGUUCGUGGAGGAGAAAAGGGCCACUUUGCUUCUCUGACUUGAUGUCCACCAGCUCUUUAAUGGCUCAGACGAACAGUUUAUUCUGAGUGAGAACAAGUGGGUCUGAGGUUCUCUCCUGAGCCAGAGCCUCGUGUUCAGACCGCUGGUGCUUUGGGUCUCCUCCAGCCUGGAGCUCUGCUGAGGUCCAAACGACACAGUACCUGGACCGCCCACAUCAAAAGAUGGAGCAGUUCAAUCUCACUUUAGCAUUUUACGGUGUAAAAUGAUGACUCAUGAGUCGUUUCAUGGUAAUAAACCGAGAGGAUGCUGUUCUCACUCA